AUGUCACCGGCUCUACUACUCAUUCUGGUUGUCUCCUGUUCUUUGGGCGUCAAUAAUGUGAGAGGCUACAAUUUCUCUCCAGCAGAUGCAACAGUGGCAGAGCUGCAACAGGCCUUAAAGCAGAACACUAUAACGUCGAGACAACUAGUUGAGUACUAUCUAUCACAGAUUCUUGAGCUCAAUUCUCGUGUCCGAGGCAUAAUAGAGGUGAACCCUGAUGUGUUCACCCUUGCCGACCAAGCCGAUUCGGUGCGGAAAUCCGGUGUUCCCUUGUCUGGGUUGCAUGGCAUACCAAUACUCCUCAAAGACAACAUUUCCACCAAGGAUAAGCUCAACACCACCGCCGGAUCAUUUGCUCUGUUAGGUUCUGUUAUUCCUCGUGAUGCUGGCGUGGCGGCAAAGCUCAGAGCUGCCGGUGCCAUUAUUUUGGGGAAGGCUGCACUUAGCGAAUGGGCUUAUUACCGGUCAUCCACUGCACCUAAUGGUUGGAGCGGUCGAGGUGGUCAGGUUCUGAAUCCUUAUGUAAUGUCGGCAGAUCCAUGUGGGUCUAGUACUGGAUCCGCGGUAUCAGUAGCAACGAAUAUGGCAGCAAUAUCACUAGGGACAGAGACAGACGGUUCAAUCAUCUGCCCUUCAGCUUACAAUUCAGUGGUUGGAAUCAAACCCACUCUCGGACUCACCAGCCGAGCUGGGGUUGUCCCCAUUAGUCCAAGACAAGACACAGUCGGGCCAAUUUGUCGCACAGUGUCGGAUGCAGUCUAUGUGCUAGAUGCAAUUGUUGGAUAUGACCCUUAUGACAACGCGACUGUAGCAGCUUCAAAGUUCAUUCCUCCGGGUGGCUACAUCCAAUUCUUGAACCCAAGCGGACUUAAAGGGAAGAGACUAGGAAUAGUGAGGAGUCCAUUCUUUGACUUUCCCAACGGAUCCUUCAUUGCCCAAUCUUUCGAGAAGCAUUUCCAAAUCUUAAGCCAAAAUGGUGCAAUUUUGGUGGACAAUUUGCAAAUAGCAAACAUCAGCGUAAUACAAAACGGUGUAAGUGAAGGUAUUGCAUUGGCGACGGAGUUCAAGAUAGCCUUGAGUUCUUAUCUAUCAGGGUUGAUUGCGUCUCCCAUCAGAACAUUGGCAAAUGCGAUAUCUUUCAACCUGAAUUACUCUACCUUGGAAAUGAUCCCACAAUAUGGACAAGACGUGUUUUUACAGGCUGAGAACACCACAGGAACUGGGGAUCCAGCAUAUCAAGCAGCAUUAGCGAAUAUGCAGAGUUUGACAGCAAAUGGGGUUGUGAAGUUGAUGACAGAGUAUAACUUGGAUGCAUUGAUAACUCCCAACGCCACCGUUACUUCUGUACUAGCGAUUGGGGGCUUUCCGGGAAUAAGUGUUCCGGCUGGUUAUGGACUAGAUGGUUCACCCUUUGGAAUCUGUUUUAGUGGGUUGCAGGGUUAUGAGCCAAGGUUGAUUGAGAUUGCUUAUGCUUUUGAGCAAUAUACAAAGAUUAGAAAGCCUCCAUCGUACCUAGUCUGAUCAG